CAGAAGGCUACUUUGGCCCUGGUAUGGGGUCAUGUUCUGAUUAGUCUCGCCUCGAUCUUGAUUUCUGAAGCGGUAAUCACGGGUGGAGGAAUUCUGGGAUGCAAGCCAUGCGCAAUAGAUGACUGCAAAAACGAAACAAACUGUCCUCUUGGUUUCGUUAUGGACGUCUGUAAUUGUUGUACCAAAUGUCUUCGGGUUAACGGUAGGUUUUGUCUCAAAUUAUGGCAUGACACUCUGGAGAAUAUGUUUUAAUUGGAAUUCCAAACACAAGCAAAUCUAUGACCGAAUGUUAAUUGACUGUAGCAAAUUAAACAUCAAUGGAGCUAUUCCUUCAGACGUUUGUGCGGCGAUUUUUGAUAAUCUAUAAAAAAAAUUGAGAGGAAAAUUGCCGGAUUCAUUUAAGUCUGCGAAAAAUUAUUCCUUUAGCUCUCUGUUAGUGGAGAUAAGUGAAAAAGUAAUGUGCGAAUUAUGGUUUUUGCGUUCAGCUGUUUACCAGGUAAUCGCAAACUAUGCGUCUGCGUAUCACUUUUCGCGUGCCUGCAUUUCCACUCCUCUCAACUAGCUGAAGGCCUGGAAUAGACUAGUUCCAUAUAUAUUGCCGUAGUUAAAUCUUGCUUUUAAAAGCCGUGCGUUAGGAAAGCAAACGAGUCCUGUCAAAUUUUUUUCUCUGGUGAAAAACCUCAGAUUAUAAAACACCUAAAACCGGCCGGGGUGUUCACUGAAAACUCGUCUGAUCCACACUAAGGUUCAGUAUUACAAAAACUGUACGUUGUCAUGGUAAUUAAAUGUGGAUUAACCCUUAUCGUGCCUCAAAACAAAUUUUGAUCAGCUGGCUUUUCCUACUUUUUGGUGUUAGAUUGUAUCAUUCAAUGAACUGUUUUGGACUUCAGUGACAAACUUCACACGUUCGCCUUUUAAAAAAUGGUUAAAUGAAUGUUUGAGAUCUUUUUCACAGCUCAUUUGUUUGUGUUUUGCAGGUCAGACUUGUGGUGGCAAGGGUUAUGUCGUCGGCCGCUGUGGAAAGGGAUUAAAAUGCAAUUUAGCUAGUGCUUCUUAUCAGCAUCCUGUAGGAAUUUGCAUCUCACUUAUCAAACCCACUUCUCAACCAGCUCAAAAACUCUUAAUAGACAGGCCUAUUAACGGCGGGGAAAAUUUUCCUCGACAAGACAUUCCAGGUAGUAAUCACCGAAAAGAGGGGAACGAUUUACCAGGUGAUGAUGCGAAAUAUUACGUUCACCCAAACGGAAUGUGGAGUAUACACACUGUUAAAAUUCAAGAUGAUAUUGCAGCGAGUAAAGUGGAACCCAAUGCGAUGAAUUCAACAGGGAACAAAACACAUGAUCAGGCACUGCACAAGAAAUCCACCAAAGGUAUAAUCAUGUUCAUGAGUGUAAAUCCUUAUUAGGUUCAGGUUGCUGGCCUUUUAAGGUUGGAACUUUCAAAAUUACAUUGGCUAAUGAUGUGAAAGAAAAUCAAAGAGAGAAUUUCCCUUUAAAGACAGUGACACACGCCAAACUAAAACGGCUGCUAUGCCCCAAACAAGAAAAAUAGCGAAAACAGACGAGAGGCCCCACUUCAGCCCCACCUCCCUUUUUAUGCUUUCGAGUGUGACAAAUUAAGAAUAAAAAAGGAAAGGAAAAAAGGAAAAUGAAAACAAACGAGAAAAAAAACAAACAUACAGAAGAUUAUAAAGGAUGGAGAUUACGACGACAGCUGCGAAACUACCCCCUUCUUUUUUUCUUUUCUUUCACUUCACCGCUCUUCGCUAAUAAUUCAUCAACAAAUGAGCUAGCAAUUUUCUUCCUUUAAUAUCCACUUUUUUAAAUUCUCUAUAACUUAGUGAGUAAGUAAAACUGUAUUCAUCAGGUACAAAAAAUGUCAUUCAGAGUCUACAUGGUCAAAAUGUCUUAUUACGGUGAGAAUGAUGUAUUCACUUAGUUUGUUGUUUACAUUUUUUCAGCUUCGGUACAAGAUUCGAUUCCAGAUGUUACUCCGGCGGUGAUUUUCGUGGCUGCAAGUGGAGCCAUAUUUUUAUGUCUAAUUGGUCUGCUAUUUCUCCCCAUUGCGCGAAAAAGA